AUGGAGGUCCGACGUUAUAAUGUAGAGCGAUCUUGUAUACGCUGUCACGAGCGUAAAGUCGGCUGUGACAAGGGCAACCCAUGCAGCAAAUGCGUGCGCCUGAAUGUUCCAUGCCAAUACCCGGGCCCAAAGCGAGUGAAGCGCCGAGCGCCGAAGUCUAGUGUGACUGAUAUGACAGCACGGCUGGAUCAACUCGAACGAUCUAUUGCUGCACUUGCGGGACAGGCCCAAUCUCCUGAUUCUCCUCAGCCAAGCCACUCGCCGCCCCAGAUCACCUCGGAUGUGGAGCGCGCUUCCGAACCCGAUGCUGGGCCUAGCACUAGUGCAGUACAAGUAAGUCGUUCAUCUACGACUGCUUUGACCGCAAACCACGGGUUCCUGGCGAAGAACGGAAGCUACGUUGAUGAACCCCUUCUUUCUCGCGUGCUAGAGAAAGAACAUGAGCUUCAAUCUGCGAUGGGUUCGCCAAGUACUCAUAGCAAUGCUGCGAUGAAACCGGUGUCCAUGAAAUUGGAUGGAAUUAUUACCAACCCCCAACUUCAUCAGUUGGAUUUACAGGCUCUACUCCCGAGUAGGUGGCAGGCUACUCAACUCUGGGAGACGUUUUUGAGUCGUGUGGAUCCGGUGGUUAAAUGCAUUCAUAUCCCAACAGUCAAGCCUAGGAUAUUUGCGGCCAUCAGUCGACCUGAUUCGGUGCCGCCCGAUGUGCAUUGUCUUCUCUUUGCUAUAUUCUUUGGUGCGGCUACUACCAUGUGCUCUGAUGACCCAGGGAAUGAGAAGAUUCGCGCGGAUCUGCGUCGAUAUCAACAGGGUAUCGAGCUUGCCAUGUACCAGUCCUCGUUCUUGGACUCACCGACUGUGAAAUCGCUCCAGGCUAUGGCAAUCUACCUGACCUGCCUACGAUGUAACAACAGUAGCCGAUCAGGAUUCACUUUACGUGGUCUAGCAAUCAGAGCCGCACAAUCAAUCGGUCUUCACCGAGACGGCAAGCACUUCAAACUCCCACCCUUAGAAUGCGAAAUUCGUCGCCGAUUAUGGUGGAUCCUAUACACAACCGACGCCCGGAUGGCCGAGGACCACGGCAUCACGAUCGCAGAACAAGGUUACCGCAGCGACACCGAGCUUCCCGCUAACAUCGACGACCAAAACCUAUUUAAAACCGCCACCGAGCCUAUCUCAUCUCAGCCUCGCUGGACAGAAAUGACAUUCCAGCUCAUAAUUGCCGAAGUGAACAAAUCAUGGUACGAAGUCGGCCAAGCAACCACCAAAUCGCAUGACUCUUCUGAUCAAGAACAACUCCUCAAUGAACUAAAAACAAAUCUCUAUGAAAAAUAUAUCCAGCAUGGUGACCUCGACAUCCCAAUCCAGCGAAUGGGAAUGAUGCUCAGCGAAGUCCUAGUCUCAAAAAGAGAAGUCCACCUUCGCCAAAAGAUCCUGCACGCACAAGGUGUAAACUCCGCAUCAGUGGGUAGCACAGAAGCAACGAGAGAAUUACUCCGAAUGGCCUCCAACGCUCUCAAUCUUGGACUAAAGAUGUAUCAAGAUGAACUCCUACACGGAUUCCGCUGGUUAUCAUGUACAUAUACGCAGUUCCAUUUACUGACGUAUAUACUUUGGCAUCUCUGCGUACAUCCCACAGAUCCACAUGUGGAUGAAGCGUGGCAUAAUGUGAAUAUGCAUUUCGAGCUCGUGGAGCACGAUCCAUCGUGGCCGGAUCCAGGUGCUAAGUGGCCCAUGUUAGUCCAGUUGAGGGCGAAGGCAUUAAGAAUUCGGAAUGCGCAUGUGCAACCUGUGCAGUCGAUGACUGAGACUGGGAUUGCUCAUCGUGAUGGCCCUUCGGUGGGCUUUGUGGAUGAUGCGAUACAGGGACUUGAGAUUCCGUUGGAUAUUGAGGAUUUGGAUCUAAAUUGGUCUGAAUUUUUUCCUGAUUGGAACUAUAUGGCGGAAAGUAUUUCUUUUAUGGGUCAAGAGGGGUAG